AUGGCCUGGCUCCUGCUUCUCAUCCUGAGUUGCAUCAGCCUCGUGUACCUGCAGCUCCCAGCCGCCCUGUCCAGCAGCCCACGGCCCGUGCGACCCAGAGAGCCCCCGGCCUGGAUUCCCGCCAGUGGCCUGCAGCCCCGACGCCCUGCAUCCUGGCCAGCAACCUGGAAGCCCCGUCAGGCCCGUCAGCCACACAGGAGGGCCAGCUAUGCCCCCUCUGGGGGCCAGCAUCUCAAGGCCAGCGGCCCCCGCAGGCCCCACGCCCAGCUGCUGCGGGUGGGCUGCGCCCUGGGCACCUGCCAGGUGCAGAACCUCAGCCACCGCCUGUGGCAGCUGGUGAGGCCAGCUGGCCGUCAGGACUCUGCUCCCGUCGACCCCAGCAGCCCCCACAGCUAUGGCUGA